GAUUCGUAUAUGGCGAGCAACCCGUUCACAUGCGUUUGAGUCCAUCCAGAUGAGGUAAAGAGCCGCUCUGUAGGACGGACCGCAGCUGAAUACAUGCGGGUUAUCAAGCAAACUAGCCGGACACACGUGUUGUACUUUCUUUCUGCUCUUUCCCUAAUAUAAAAUUAUAGAAACGACCAGCGUAAUCGAAUCAUCCACACUUUUCGGUGAAGUUGAUACCCAGCUGUGCCUCAUGAGUUUUGUGGAAUACUCCGAGUUCAUCCAAGAAGGAGAUGUUGUCAUUAUCUUCCAGAGUCAUGAUUCCAUGAUGCCAAUCAAAGUUCAGUCAGGAGCUCAGACGCAGACCCGCUAUGGGGUUAUCCGGCACACCAGCGACCUGAUUGGACAUCGCUUUGGUACCAAAGUGACUUGCAGUAAGGGUGGUUGGGUUUAUGUGCUGCACCCCACACCAGAACUGUGGACUGUUAACCUUCCCCACCGAACACAGAUCCUCUACACGACAGACAUUGCCAACAUCACACUGAUGCUGGACCUCAAACCGGGCUCUGUCGUCUGCGAGUCAGGUACAGGCAGCGGCUCUCUGUCUCACUCUAUUUUGCGGACCAUUGCUCCCACCGGUCACCUGCACACAGUCGAGUUCCACGCUCAGCGAGCCGAGAAGGCCAUCCAGGAGUUCAAGGAGCACAAGGUGUCUCACCUGGUUACUGUUAGAAACCAGGACGUGUGCGCUGAGGGCUUCGGCAUCACAGGAUUAGCUGAUGCGGUCUUUUUAGACAUCCCUUCUCCGUGGGAGGCAGUCACACAUGCCAAGAGGGCCUUGAAACGCAAGGGAGGUCGUCUCUGCUCCUUCUCGCCGUGUAUAGAGCAAGUCCAGAGGACUUGUGAGGCUUUAUUGAACCAUGGCUUUGAGGAGAUCUGCACACUGGAGGUUCUGCUGCGGGUGCAUGAUGUUCGUUCUGUCACUCUGCCCUUACCAGACUUUGGACCAGAGGAGUGCUCUACUAACAGCACACAGAUGGCUUCAGAUCUUAAUCAAGUGGAAGUCCCAAACACUGGGAACACCUCCGUAAUCUGCAGGACUGCCACACCACCAAGAGAAAUGGCAGGACACACUGGAUACCUCACCUUUGCUACCAAACCACGCGACUAGACGCAUCGCUGAAGCCGACCACAGAGGAGACUGUUGUAGAGUGUGAGUAACGCAGACUUGCUAAAUGUCAUGCAAUGACACACCCUCAAUAUCCAGGAUGCCCAAUCUUGUUCCUGGAGAUCUUCGUUCCUGCAAAGUUCAGCUCAACCCUGAUCAAACACAACUGAACCAGCUAAUUUAGAUCUUCAGGAGCACUUUAUAAUACAGACUGGUGUGUUUGAUCGGGGUUGGAUUUGAACUCUGCUGGUGGAUGGAUCUCCAGGAUCAGGCCUGCGGUCUUGUUUAGCUUCAUUUAGAUAUAAAAGAGUGGUUAACAGCUAGAUGGGCUUUUACAUCAAUGUAACCAUUCAGUAGAGUACAGAUUGAUGUUCAUGUUUUUUUUUUUUUUUUUUUUUUUUUUUUAAAUGGAUAGAUCUUUUGUUUUACUACAAACAAUAAAAUAUAUUGA